UGUUUUUUGCUUUGCCGCUGAGAUUCUAAUGCAACGGAGCCCAAUCAAACUCAGAUUAUGCCAUCUCCCAUCUCUUCCUCCCAGAGCACGCGGACCUGAGGACCACAUAAACGGCAUGGGCACAACGCCGCAUCGUUCAUACCGAAACCUCUUCUUGUAGACAGGAAUUGUAUUUUCUUCAGUCACUUCAGAUGGCAGAUCUUGAGCAAGGAGGAGCAGCCUCUCCCCGAGCCCAGCAGCUCUUCUGAACGCGAGGGAUCUGAGAAAGCGCAGGUGUGCCCGGGGUGCUUCCAGCUGCCCUUGUGCUUAUUCUUUCCGCAGAGGAAAGUAUCAGGAUUACCAGCAGAUGUAAAUUGAAGGACACUUCUGAUAGGCACUGGUGAGGAAGAAGGGGGAAAAAAGCUGGAAACGGAGAGUCGGGAGCUCGCGCGCAAGGCUCAACAUAUCACUGGAUUCUACAUUUAUACCUCAAGAAAAAUGUCAUCUCAGACGAAGAUCAAGAAGGACAAGGAGAUCAUUGCGGAGUAUGAAACGCAAGUGAAAGAGAUCCGUAAUCAGUUGGUGGAGCAGUUCAAGUGCCUGGAGCAGCAAUCAGAGGCUCGGAUCCAGCUGUUGCAGGACCUGCAGGAGUUUUUUCGGCGCAAAGCCGAGAUUCAACUGGAGUAUUCUCGCAGUCUGGAGAAACUGGCUGAAAGGUUCUCAUCAAAGAUUCGCGGCCCAAGGAAAGAACAACACCUCCUCUCUUCAGUAAACUGCUGGUAUCUGGUUUUGAACCAGACUCGAAGAGAAAGCAGAGAUCAUGCCACACUUAAUGACAUCUACAUUAAUAAUGUCAUUGUUCGCCUGGCUCAGAUCAGCGAGGACGUCAUCCGGCUCUUCAAAAAGAGUAAAGAAAUUGGCAUUCAGAUGCACGAGGAGCUGGUGAAAGUGACAAACGAGCUGUAUACUGUGAUGAAGACGUAUCACAUUUACCACACGGAGAGCAUCAGUGCAGAAAGCAAACUGAAGGAGGCCGAGAAACAAGAAGAGAAGCAGUUUAGCAAAUCUGGAGACCUCAAUGUCAACCUCUUGCGCCACGAGGACCGACCCCAGCGCCGCAGCUCGGUCAGGAAGAUUGAGAAGAUGAAGGAGAAGAGGCAAGCCAAGUACUCCGAGAACAAACUGAAAUGCACAAAAGCCCGCAACGACUAUUUAUUGAACCUGGCAGCCACCAACGCCGUCGUGGCGAAAUAUUACAUCCACGAUGUUUCGGAUAUGAUUGAUUGCUGUGACCUCGGGUAUCAUGCUAGCUUGGCACGCACGUUAAGGACGUAUCUGUCUGCUGAGUACAACCUGGAGACCUCUCGCCAUGAGGGUCUGGAUAUCAUUGAGAACGCUGUGGACAACCUGGACCCUCGUAGCGACAAGCACAAGAUCAUGGACAUGUACAAUCAGGUCUUUUGCCCACCCAUGCGCUUUGAGUUUCUGCCGCACAUGGGAGAUGAGGUGUGCCAGGUGAGUGCCCAGCAGCCAGUCCAGACCGAACUUCUGAUGCGUUACCACCAGCUGCAGUCCCGCUUGGCCACGCUCAAGAUUGAGAAUGAGGAGGUGCGCAAGACCCUGGAUGCCACCAUGCAGACGUUACAAGACAUGCUGACAGUGGAGGACUUUGAUGUUUCAGAUGCCUUCCAGCACAGCCGAUCCACGGAGUCCAUCAAAUCAGUGGCUUCCGAGAGUUACAUGAGCAAAUUAAACAUUGCUAAGAGACGAGCCAAUCAGCAGGAGACGGAAGUCUUCUACUUCACUAAAUUCAAGGAGUACCUGAACGGCAGUAACCUCAUCAUUAAGCUGCAGGCCAAGCAUGACCUGCUGAAACAGACUCUGGGGGAAGGAGAAAGAGCUGAUUGUGGAACUACAAGGGGAAGACGGAAUGCUCGUACCCGCAAUCAGGACUCAGGUCAACCCAUUCCUCUGGUGGUGGAGAGCUGUAUUCGAUACAUUAAUCUAUAUGGGCUGCAGCAACAAGGCAUAUUCCGAGUUCCUGGAUCUCAGGUGGAAGUCAACGAUAUUAAAAAUUCAUUUGAAAGAGGUGAGGACCCACUGGUUGAUGAUCAGAGCGAUCAUGACAUCAACUCUGUGGCUGGUGUUCUCAAGCUGUAUUUCAGAGGGCUGGAGAACCCUCUUUUCCCCAAGGAGCGCUUCCUGGAUUUGAUCUCCACCAUCAAACUUUUUUACUGUCUCUUCAUCUCUAGUCUGUCCCAGUACAGUGAUGAGAACAUGAUGGACUCAUAUAACCUUGCCAUCUGUUUUGGACCCACUCUGAUGCCCAUCCCGGAUGGUCAGGACCCUGUGGCCUGUCAGGCUCAUGUUAAUGAGGUCAUCAAGACCAUCAUCGUCCACCACGAGGUCAUCUUCCCCAGCCCACGUGAGCUGGAUGGCCCUGUCUAUGAGAAAUGUAUGACUGGAGGAGAGGAGUACUGUGACAGUCCUCACAGUGAACCAGGCACCAUUGAUGAAGUGGACAACUGCACCGAACCACACACGAGCGAUGAUGAGGUUGAGCAGAUCGAAGCUAUUGCAAAGUUUGAUUACAUGGGUCGGACUCCUCGAGAGCUGUCCUUCAAAAAAGGUGCAUCCCUUUUGCUGUAUCAUCGUGCAUCUGAGGACUGGUGGGAGGGCCGACACAACGGGGUUGACGGACUCAUACCUCACCAGUAUAUAGUAGUACAAGACUUGGAUGAUGCGUUCUCUGAUAGUCUGAGUCAGAAGGCUGACAGCGAGGCCAGCAGUGGACCUUUACUGGACGAUAAAGCCUCAUCCAAAAACGAUCUGCAGUCCCCGUGUGAACCUUCGCCUGAUUACAACUUCGGCGGGGUCAUGGGCCGGGUUAGGUUGCGUUCGGAUGGGUCUGCCAUUCCUCGACGCCGCAGUGGCACCGACUCUCACAGUCCUCCCCGAGACACACCGCCGCGGGCCACCGCCUACGCCAGCAGCCCCCACAAGGUGGCGGUCAGUAGAGGCCACAUAGAGAGUCCUGAGAAGAGACGUUUGGGAACCUUUGGCAGUGCAGGCAGCAUUAACUACCCUGAGAGAAAGGUCUAUCCUGAGGGUCACCCGCUCAGGCCUUUGCCAGGAGCAACAAGACAUAGCAGCCUAGGAGACCACAAGUCCUUGGAGGCUGAGGCUUUAGCAGAGGAUAUUGAGAAGACAAUGAACACCGCACUUCAUGAGCUCCGUGAAUUGGAACGCCAAAACACAGCCAAACAAGCUCCCGACGUUGUUCUGGAUACGUUAGAACCGCUCAAGAACCCUGUGAGCUCAGAGCCAGCGAGCCCCUUACACACCAUCAUGAUCCGAGACCCGGACGCGGCCCUGAGACGCAGCAGCAGCUCCACUACGGAGAUGAUGACCACCUUUAAACCGGCGCUGUCCGCCAGAUUGGCCGGAGCCCAGCUCAGACCUCCACCUAUGAGACCCAUGCGACCCCCGCCCACGCAGCACCGCUCCAGCAGCUCAAGCUCCUCUGGGGUGGGAAGCCCUGCCGUGACCCCCACAGAGAAGAUCUUUUCAAACAACGCGAGCAACGCUGCAGCUUCCUCCACCAACUCUGGCGAGAACCCCGGGACCAUGUAGCAGCAGCAGCAGGCCCGUGGUGCGCUGGUGAGGGCUAGAUGCUCAUUCCAGGAAGGAAGUUCAGGAGUGCUAUUUCGUUUCUGAAUUGAUUUUUUGAGCCUUUGAGAGUUCUAGAAAUGCAGCUGAGCUGUGGCCUAGUGGUUUGACGUGUUGAGCCUGGUUGCGGAUGAUGUGAGUCGAGUCUGGCUCAGGUGAUUUUCCCAUUCCAUUCCGUUGUUCUCAUCAUUUCCUGCCCUCUCUGUGGGAAAAAAAAUGACAAAAAAAAUACAA